UCAUGAAUGAUAUCAUUGACUACUAUCAUUACUCUCUGGAAGCAUAACAUUCCAAACUGAAAGAAACAUUAGUCUCAGUCAUUGCAGCUAUCUGGUUGUCCUGUGGUGAUUCAGAGCCUACUGACAGCACUUGUGAAUAUCUAGGAUGUAUGCCAUUGUACUUUUUGAGCUCAGCGAUGAGGUGGAAGUUGUCCCAAAAUCUUGGAUUCAAGGGAAAACAUGCUUUUGGCCUGACCACAUCAGAGGUUCGAACCUGACAAAGUCAAUUGAAAAAGGAAUUCAACCAGAGCCAGACUGGCAAAUUUAUGCCAUCACUAGCGUAUUAAAAGAAUUAGAUGACUAUCAGAAAGCUCGUCUGAAAUGCAGGAAACUUGAAUACAGGCUGUCCACGGACCUUGACACAACAGAUGUUGAGUCUAGAUCGAGAAAGAGGCGUCGUCCAAACAAAUAUUGUUCCGACCAGGAAGAACAGGGCGAAGUUGACUUGUCUAGAAACAAGACAUUUUCACAAGUCGGUUACAGUGAAGAAAGACGCCAUGGAAGUGCAAGUAAAGCCUACACUCUUCCUGGUAUACCAAGUCUACCAGAUUUGUCGAUUGCUAUUGAUCCAAGUUCUGACACGGAUCGUGACGCUCAAUUAAGUCCAACAAUUCCCACCAGACAGAUGACUCCAGAUGAGCAGCCGGGUCCAUCAAAUAGCAAUUAUCGCUCGACUACUGCUCCAACCAAGCAAUAUUUCCCUUCAAACGCUACUGGUCUCCGACCUCAAAACAGAAUGUCAGUUGGUUCUGACACGGAUCGUGACGCUCAAUUAAGUCCAACAAUUCCCACCAGAAGACAGAUGACUCCAGAUGAGCAGCCGGGUCCAUCAAAUAGCAAUUAUCGCUCGACUACUGCUCCAACCAAGCAAUAUUUCCCUUCAAAAUCCAGCCACAGUGUGAUAAGGGAUGACAUGGAAGUCAAUCUUCCAAUCGACCCUCUCGAAAGAGACCGACUACUAUUUAAAACAUUGCUAACAAUAAAGGCAAUGGUCAAGAACAAUGGCAUGGCCAUAAAUAGAUUGUCAGAGCAGGCCGACAAGUCAGGAAUACAAGAGGAAUCGAUCGAAGAGUUUGGAUUCCCCUAUAAAACAAUUGAAGAUGUCAGACGAGUUGAGAAGGUCUUGGAUGAAAAACCCAAGUUUAAACUUUUGGUGCGUCAUCUUAGUGGAUUGGGUGGGUUUUCUGUGAAAGAGGUCGUUGACAGGAUGAUGACACUCAUUUUCACGACUCAAAUGGCACGACAGUUCAACUGGCUCGGCAAAGCACCAAAAUAUGGCAUGAAGAGCCUAAAAAUAACUUCAGCACUAAAGGAAGCGGGUAAACGUCAGGCAACGGAAGCCGAAAUUGAACAUGCGAUCAGACUAUGGGUAAAGAACGCCCAUGACAGAGAUGGGGGGAGAAGGCAAAGGGCAGAGAGGAAGAGGGAGAGGGACGCUCAAGCAAAAGAAAGUGUGGCCCGAGCAAGGGCCAUUCUCACUAACGCAUCUGAUUCCUCAGACUCAAAUUAAAACAUAAUUUUACUG